AUGUUUUAUCACAGAGACAUCAGAAAGCCUGAUGACGGUGAGACUGUUGAAGCUGUGGUUGUUCCCAGUGACCAAGGAGGUGAGCCAGGAGAGGAGAGCAGGCAGCCCAUGGACAAUGAAGAGACAGGCGCUGACAACCCUCUGCUGAAUGGAGAUGCCAGUGGCCAAGGAGAGGAAGGUGUUCUAGGAAUGGAGGAUGGAAAGCCGUCAGACAAUGACAGAGCAGACACUGAAACCUGUCAGAAGACACAUGCUGAUUCCCCCACACUGAAUAUACCCAAGGUUGUUAGUGUUAACAGCCAGACUGAUGACCCACAGCUUCUGGGUCAACCUCAGAGCAAUGGACGCGUGCCAUAUAGAAGGGAAUCACACCUGACCAAUGGGGCCCCAGGUCAGGGUGCUGGUGAGACUUCACCCCUCUGCAAGGUUAACGAUGAGACUGAGGAAGUGAAUCCUGGUGCACAGAGUCCAGGACCUCCUCAGAUGAAUGAAGGACCUCCCAUGUCUAACAGAGCUGCCGAGGAGACCACUGCUCUAUUGGACAAACAGGCCAUGGACAAGGACCAAGUCACCAAACCUCCUGAGUUAAUAGACAAAGGACCUAAUGACAUGGAGGAGAACUGUAGCAAACGGUGGACGUUUGUGUAGCAAAAGAAAACCUAAUAAGAUACAGUAAUAUAUGAUAUACAGUACUUAUUAUAAGAUACAGUAAUAUAUGAUAUACAGUACUUAUUAUAAGAUACACAUACAUAUGUGACUUGCUUCAUCAUAAUCAGUCAUGCCAUCAUAAUCAGUCACACAUUCUGACCAGUGUGUUUUACUGCACAUUGAUUUUCAGAAACCUCAACAAUUUAUUAAGUUAAUUCUCUAUGUGACAGGUAUAAUGUGGAUUGGUUAGGAAAUGUGUUCAAGUGAAAUCAGUUAAAAUUCCAAAACAGCCCAGGACUUGUAGAUAACUAAAAUUACAAAAUUAUUAUAAUCUGAAAAUGAGUGUGAUUUAUGACUGAUUAUGAUACAGCAUGUCACAUAUUAGCUAUACAACAUUAUAAAGAUAUGAAAGGAUGGUAUGAUCAUACUUACGCUAGUAUUGUUUACUAUACAUACAAGCAAAUAUCAAUCACAUACACAUGGGAAGAUGCAUAAAACAUAAACCUCUUUAGUAGAGACAUUUCCAAGGUCCUGAGGUCUCAAUGUCUUGUGGACAUGUCAAAUAGCUAAACAUUGACCGGCGUUAUUUA